AAGGCCUGAUCAUACUCAUCCGUUUGUUGAUAGCAAACUCCAAAUUCGGGAAGAACUAGAAAAAAGUGGAAUGGAAUAUACGUACAUCAUUACCGGAUUAUUCCAAGAAUUUAUUGAAUGGUUGGAAUUUGAUCUUAAGAAUAAGACAGCUAAAUUUUACGUGGAUAGCAAUUCAAAGCUACACUCCACUUCUUUAGCUGAUGUUGGUAAAUAUACAGUUGAAUCACUUAAAUUACCCGAAGCUCGUAAUGCUACCAUUAGAGUAGCUGGUUCAUCUGAUACAUUUAACGAAAUUCUUCAAAUGUUUGAAGAAGCUACUGGUUCAAAAUGGAAAGUUAUUGAAGAUAGAGAAGUUCGAUAUCGAUUCCUUAACAAAAUCGAACCAAUUCCAUCAUUCAUGGAAGAUUUAAAAGCUUUCGCUUGCGAAAAUAGUACACUCAGUAAAUUGGAUAAUGAUAAAUUUAGUUUUACUCCUAGACCUCUUGUCGAAUAUUUUAACACCGUGGUGAAAAACGCAUAA